CCAUACUGGCAGCCGAGUGGAGAGAUGCAGAGCAGCAGCAUCAGCAGCAGCAGCAACGCGUCAGAGUGAAGCCGCUUCUCCACCUCAUCACACCACAAGACAGACAGAGACGACCUAAAUUAUUUUAGUGCCAUAAUUAUCUGAGAACUCCCCAAGGUAUUCGACAGUCGGAGAAGGAAUUAAUGAAAUGAGGAGGGCGGAGUGAACUGGCGCCGCUGCGGUGCGACAGAUGUUGGGGAUGUCUUGUUGAAUGUGGAGGAAAGGAAGAAGAGGAGGGAGAGGGAGACUGUCCUAAACUCGGAUGGGCAUGUGAGCGAUAAAGCCAUGAAGGAUUUGCGAUGAUUCCUUCCCCGAAAACAUCCGCUGGACACAUUAGGAGAAAUGCUUUAGAACCCAAAGACUUUCCUACGGAGAACACGACUCGGGAAUGGUUCCUGCAUAACUGGUUAUGAAAAUCUGCGCUCCAGGUCUGAAAAGGCAGGGGGUAAGAUGUUUGUGGAGUCAGUUGUCCGAUGGUGGGUGUGGAGCGUCCUGCUGCAGUUUGGACUGGAUGUUUCUGCAGGAAGCUGUCCCGCUCGCUGUACGUGCCGACCCGAGGCAAGAGAAGCGGUCUGCUCUGGCAAAUAUUUGACUUCGGCGCCAGAGGGUUUCUCCAGCGAUGCCAGGCGCUUGGAUUUAUCCCGCAAUAGGAUUAAAACUGUGGGACGGCGUCAGUUCUCUGGCCUUCUGCAGCUUCAAGAGUUGGACCUCAGCGAAAAUAUAAUCUCCAUGAUUGAAGUAGAGGCUUUUUUGGGCCUGAGGAAUCUUAGGACGCUCCGAAUUAAAAACAACCGUCUCAAGAUCCUUCCAGUGGGAGUCUUUUCAGGCCUGUCUAAUCUGCGCUUUUUGGAUUUGAGCCAGAAUGAGAUUCUGGUUUUCCUGGACUAUACAUUCAAAGAGAUGGGCAACCUGCAAACGCUGGACGCCGGAGAGAAUGACCUCGUCUUCAUCUCCCAAAGAGCUUUCUACGGCCUGCAGAAUCUGCAAGAGCUUAACGUAGACCGCAGCAACCUGACCUCUAUUCCCACCGAAGCCUUGUCUCAACUCCAGAGCCUGGUGCAACUUCGCAUGAUACGCCUAACUGUUUCUGCAAUACCCAACAAUGCGUUCCGCCGACUCAACCGCUUGCGAAGCCUCGUGAUCACGAACUGGCCAGCGCUGGACACCGUAGCUGCCAACAGUCUUAUCGGUCUAAAUCUGACCUCGCUUGUCAUCAAUAGCUGCAACCUAAGCGCUAUUCCUUACGCGGCGCUUCGUCAUCUGGUGUAUCUGCGCUACCUGGACUUGUCAAACAACCCUAUCACUGUCAUCCAAGGUAACCUGCUAGGGGAUCUCCUGAGACUGCAGGAGCUGCAUCUUGCUGGGUCAAGUCUGCUCCAAAUAGAGCCAGGGGCCUUCAGGGGACUGUCCUUCUUUCGCCUGCUUAAUGUAACAUCAAAUCAGCUCACUACUUUGGAGGAGAGUGCUUUCCAUUCUGUGGGGAACCUUCAGGUGUUGCGGUUGGACGGGAAUCCCCUGGCAUGCGACUGCCGACUCCUGUGGGUGGUCCGUCGCAGGCUGCGCUUGAACUUUGACGGACACCAGCCCACUUGUUUCACUCCUCACGCGGCGAAGCACCGGGAGUUCAGGGAGUUCUCAGAAAAGGAGCUGCCAAAGCUCUUCACCUGUCGGCCCGCUCGAAUCUUGGACCGCAGGCCACAGGAGGUGAGAGUGGAAGAGGGCACCACUGUACUGUUCUCCUGCAAGGUCGACGGAGAUCCGCUGCCGGCUACCACCUGGAUCUCCCCCCAAAAGGCCGCGAUCUCCCGUUCAGGGAGAAUCCGAGUUUUACCCAACGGCACUCUGGAGGUGCGUUUUGCCCAGGUUCAGGACAGCGGUACCUACCAGUGCCUGGCAGGCAAUCCAGCUGGCAAUGACAGCCUGACUGUGGGUCUACACGUGAAGGGGCUCGCACAUAACAGAUCCGUUCCUUUGUUCACAGAGGAAGGCUGGGUCGAGCCGUCGACUGCCCAAGCUGCAAACUCCUCGGCUCAAAUGGCCAAGCCAUACCCCUUUGACGCAAAGACCCUGAUAAUUGCCACGACCAUGGGCUUUCUGUCCUUCCUCAGCUCUGUGGCCAUCUGUUUUGUCUUCAUGUUUUUCUGGAGUCAGAGCAAAGGUCAGAUCAAGCACACGGCAACUAUUGACUUUGUCCCUCGGUCUUCUGUUGGCGGAGGAGGAGGGGACGGGGGUGAUGGUGGCAGGUUUACCAUGAAACUGAUUUAAAGAGAUGUAAGGUGAUCAGACGAUUCUCUAACCGAAGCACGUCCACCAUAUGGCUCACAGACGGCGACCUGCACUGAAACGCCCCUUGUGAAAGCACCUGGAGUUUAUUCUCUGAGACAAUGCCAGAGUUUCAGUGCUGAAAGUUACAUCAGUGGCUUCUUUUCUGUGUCUUCUGGGUAAAUACAGUCUUGUGAUCCUUGAGCAGUAAAGUUGCUUGGCAUUUGCUCUGCAUACGUUUUUGACCUGUUGUACUUUCAGUCAGCAUAUCAUUACCACAUCAUUCUUUUUUUUUCUCAUUGCUAAACAACUAUUAUAGGUUCAUCUGCUCUCUUAGGAAGAUGUGCUGAAUUUCAAAAUGUAUCGCUUUAAAAAAUAUAAAACAGACCAGAUGCAGUUUAAUCAUCCACAUUUUACUCAUGUACUCCCAUCUUAUCUUCACAUGCCAGAACUGACUUACUAGUUUUAUAAUGGCUUUAUUUUUUUUUGACACAGAAAUUGUGAUUAAAGUACAUAGAUUAGAGACAUAAUUUCUGACUUCAAACCAAAUUUUGUGUGAUUUUGAAGUUGUUUUUUUAAAAUCAUUUUAUAGGGUUGCUUCAUUGAACAAAAAUUAAUGCUCAGCUUUUUUUCUGUAAGUUAUGUUAAAUCACGACGUAGGAGUGUCAAGCCACUGAUAGCAAGCCAUAAUGUACAUAGGAAUGUAUCCCUGUUUCUGAUUUUAGAUUUUCUUUUUUUAUUUGCCUUUCCUUUUGUUACAUAAGUUCACCUUAUUAAAAUGUUAGCUGACUGUUUAUUCUAUCAAAGCAUGCUAAGGGUUCUCUUUUUUUAUAUUCAAGAAAUGUUUUUUUUUUUAUAAUGUAACUUCACAAAACAGAGAAAUAUGUGCCUCAGCAACAUUCUCACCAUCGACAAAGAGAAUGCUCACCUGAACAAUGUUGUCGUGUUGAUAUUUAGGUCAGGGGCAACUUGCGUCCUCUCUUUAUUGCAUCAUUUUUAUCCAGUUCUGCGGAUUAGUGUCGCUCAAAUAUGUCACUCUUAGUGCAUGUGUGCUUAAUUUAUUAGAUGUUAUACACAAAAGCAGUGCUUAAUAACACCUGGAGAGGAUGUUUUGAAAUCGACACACAUGCAUCAGCACGUUUAUUUACUGUAAAUUAAUUUUUUUUCAGCCUGUUAUUAAAUGCCAAUCUCAGUCUUCAA